AUGGACAAGAACGAUAUGACUAGCGACCAGCAUGAACAUGCCAUCGGGAAGGACGUCGAUCUGCCCGCCGUCGAUUAUGUCCCGGGCAGCGACGAGGAGAAGAAGCUCGUGAGGAAGAUUGACAUGUAUCUCCUCCCCUUGAUGUGGCUCAUGUACCUUCUUUCCUACAUGGACAGAACCAACAUCGGCAACGCCAAGAUCGCCGGCAUGGACAAGGACCUUGGCCUCGACUCUGGCAAAUACUCGAUCGCCCUCAUCGUUUUCUUCAUCGGAUACGUCCUAUUCGAAGUCCCCUCCAACAUGCUCCUCACCCGCACCCGUCCCAGUCUCUACCUCCCCGGCAUCAUGGCGGUGUGGGGCUCGGUGACCAUCGGAAUGGCCUUCUGUCCAACCUACGAAGCCCUCGUUGGUUUCCGUGUUGUCAUGGGUUGCCUUGAGUCCGGUUUUGCUCCCGGUGUCCUGCUCCUCCUUUCCUCCUGGUACAAGAAGGAGGAACAGUCCAAGCGAUUCGCCGUCUACAUCUCCGCCGCCAUCCUCUCCGGUGCUUUCGGCGGUCUCCUCGCCGGUUCCAUCACCAGCGGUCUGCACGAGGUCCACGGCAUCGCGGGAUGGCGCUGGCUGUUCGUCGUCGAGGGCGCCGCCACCGUCGGCGCCGCCGGCAUCGCCUUCUUCGUCCUCCCCGACUUCCCCGCCAACACCUCCAAGCUUAAGUUCAACGAGAGGGAGCGCGCCCUUGCUAUCCGCAGACUCCAGAGCGACGAGCAGGCCCUGCGCGGCGAGGAGGAGCCCGUCCUUGGCCACUGGGCUGCCUUCAAGCUUGCCAUGGUCAGCUGGAAGACAUGGCUCUUUGUCGUUGGUUACAUGGCCAUCGUCGGUUCCUCCACCCUGUCCUACUUCUACCCCACCCUCGUCAGCGGUCUCGGCUACACCUCGACCGCCGCCCAGUACAUGACGAUCCCCAUUUUCGGCGUCGCCUUCGUUUGCACGGCCAUCACCGGAUACUUCGCCGACCAGCACAGCAAGUGGCGCGGCCUGAUCCUCGGCGCCUGGAUGGCCGUCGCUAUGAUCUGCUCCAUCAUCAUCUGCGUCGUCUACAACUUCACGGCCCGCUACGCCCUCUUGGUCAUCAUGGCUUCCGGUCUGUGGGCCUCCAACGGUCUGGCCCUAUCGUACGCCUCCGUCAGCUUCGGCGACAUGGCCAACGAGACCCGCGCCAUCUCCCUUGCGUUUGUCAACGCCAUGGGUAACCUUGCCCAGAUCUACGGCGCUUACCUCUUCCCCUCGAGCGAUGCUCCCAAGUACCUCAUGGGCUUUGGUGUCAUCAGUGGAUUGUGCUUCACUGGCGUGGCUUCGUACGUUGCCCUCCACAUCUUCUUGAGAAAGAAGAACCCCCAGUACUAG